AGAUCCGCCACGCGCUUCCGCCCACUCCACUCCCCAAUCCCGCUCCCAGUCGGCCGCUCCACCACCGAUGGCCGGCGGCCGCGCGUUCCGGCCAUCCGCGCCGCGCCGCGCGGCGUUCGCGGCACUGCUCACGCUCCUCCUCCUCGCGGCCCUCUCCUUCCUCCUCUCCUCCGCGCCCGCCUCCUCGGCCCGCUCCUCAGCCCCGCCGUCCGCGCGCCUCGCCGCCGUCCGCCGCCACGCGGCCGACCACGCGGCGGUCCUAGCCGCGUACGCCGCGCACGCGCGGAAGCUCAAGGAGGCAUCCGCGGCGCAGUCGCUGUCGUUCUCGUCCCUCUCCUCCGACCUCUCCGCGCUCUCCGCCCGCCUCGCCUCACACCUCUCCGCCUCCCUCCCCGAGGACGCGCUCAGGCCCCUCGAGAAGGAGGCCCGCGAGCGCAUCAAGUUCGCGCGCGCCCUCGCCGCCGACGCCAAGGAGGGAUUCGACACCCAGUCCAAGAUCCAGAAGCUCUCCGACACCGUCUUCGCCGUCGGCGAGCAGCUCGCGCGCGCGCGCCGCGGGGGCCGUAUGUCCUCCCGCAUUGCCGCGGGCUCCACCCCCAAGUCGCUCCACUGCCUCGCCAUGCGCCUCCUCGAGGCCCGCCUCGCCAACCCGUCCGCUUUCGCCGACGACCCCGAGCCGUCCUCCGAGUUCGACGACCCCGCGCUGUACCACUACGCCGUCUUCUCCGACAAUGUUCUCGCCGUCUCCGUCGUGGUGGCCUCUGCCGCGCGCGCCGCGGCCGACCCCUCGCGCCACGUCUUUCACGUGGUCACCGCGCCCAUGUACCUGCCUGCAUUCCGUGUCUGGUUUUCGCGCCGCCCGCCACCGCUCGGCGUGCACGUCCAGCUCCUUGCCUACUCCGACUUCCCGUUCCUCAACACCACCAACUCGCCGGUGAUAAGGCAGAUCGAGGGCGGCAACAGGGAUGUUGCUUUGCUGGAUUACCUGAGGUUCUACCUCCCAGAUAUGUUCCCUGCACUGCGGAGGGUAGUGCUUUUGGAGGACGAUGUGGUGGUGCAGAAGGAUUUGGCAGCGCUUUGGCAGGUUGACUUGGAUGGGAAGGUGAAUGGUGCCGUGGAGAUGUGCUUUGGGGGGUUCAGGAGGUAUAGAAAGUAUCUCAACUUCACCCAGCCCAUUGUGCGGGAUCGGUUCAAUCCCGGUGCCUGUGCAUGGGCAUACGGGUUAAAUGUGUUUGAUCUUGCGGCAUGGCGGCGGGAUGGCUGCACAGAACUGUUCCAUCAGUACAUGGAAAUGAAUGAGGAUGGCGAGCUGUGGGAUCCUACAUCUGUUCUAACAGCCGGAUUGAUGUCAUUCUAUGGCAAUACCAAGCCAUUGGAUAAGUCAUGGCAUGUAAUGGGUCUUGGCUAUAAUCCACGCAUCAGCCCUGAGGCAAUCCGAAGUGCUGCAGUGAUACACUUCGAUGGGAACAUGAAGCCCUGGCUCGAUGUCGCUUUGAACCAAUACAAGGCCCUGUGGACAAAGUAUGUCGACACUGAGAUGGAAUUCCUAACCCUAUGCAACUUUGGUCUAUGAAGGGAUUCAAUAGAUUCUCUAUUUCUCUGAGAAUAAGGAUGCCACUGACACACAUUAUUUUUUGGGAGGCAAAAGAGCUUUGACAACACAGACAAGUGGUACCUAUAUUAUCUCUAGCAAAGUUGCUCCGGUAGGGAAGUUCCUAUGAUCCUAUCUUUGUGCUGGGCGACAAUGUUCUUGUAGAUUCCGUAGCUUAUUUGUGAUAGUAUAUGUCUUUCCAGCUAAAAUGUACUGGAUUAUUGUGGCAUAGAGAGUGAGUAAUCCAUUGGGAGGAAAUUGUAGAUGGAUAUUCCUGUAUUAUCAAAUAACGAGCAUAUCUGCAAUUGUAUUUAUAAGAAAAACAAAAGGUUACUUGGUUCA